GCCCGAGCAAAAGCGCGAGGAGGCUGUAGUCUGCUAGGAGAACAAAAUGAGACAUUACAGGCAGAACAACGACAAAUUUCUCAACAUCUCCGCCUUGUAUGGAGAUUGACAUGACAUUAAAACGGAGUGCUGACAUUCUUGCGCGAUCGUGUGAUUUUUAAAAGUACCAUAAAACAGAGAUGAGUAUAAUCGCUUUAUCUUUGCUGCUGUGUGCUGAUCUGCUGGAUCUCGUUAUAGGUUAUUUAACAGUCAACAUUGAGCCUCUGCCUCCUGUGGUUAUGGGGGACACAGUGACUUUGAAGUGUAAUUUCAGGACUGAUGGGAACCUACGAGAGAUAGUGUGGUUUCGGGUGAUGGAAGGUGGCACCUCAAAACUGAAAAUCUUCACCUAUGAUGCCAUGUACAACACCAAUUUUUCUCACAUAGAGGACUUCCGCAGAAAAGAAGACCUUGUUUACCAGUCAACCGUCAGACUCCCUGAGGUGCAAAUGGAAGAUGACGGACCAUAUGAAUGUCAUGUGGGGAUCUACGACAGGGCGUCUAGAGAGACGGUGGUGUUGGCGUCUGGGAGCAUCACACUUAAUGUUAUGUCUCCACCAAAAUCUAUAUCUGUUGUAGCAGCAAACCAGCCAGCUCGCUUCAAUCGCUACGAAGCUCAAAACUUCACACUGCUUUGCACAGUAACUGGAGGAAAACCAGCCCCUGUGGUGUACUUCAAAAGGGAUGGAGAACUAAUCGAAGUCCAGUCUUCCUCUGAGAAGCUAGAAAGCCGAGGCUUGCUAGCAGCCAAAAACAACCAGCCCCUUAUCAGCCGAGAACUGGACGAUACAAAGAUCCAGAAGUCUCUUUCUUUUCUGGGCCCAUACAGCGAACCCGUGCGUGUGGAUAAGGACAGGUCCCAGCGCAGCCACACGUCUGGAGCUCCUGUUCAAGAGGAACCCAGUCCUACCACUGAGGUCAUCCCAGAAACUGUGAUCAGUAGAGAGUUCCCUCGCUGGGUGCUGAGCACGAGUCCGUUGUAUUUCUUCAACCAUACACAGUCUGAACUUCAUGAUGGCACUUUGGAGAUCCAAGCUGAGCUUACCUGGCACCUGAACCCACAGCUGGAUAAUGAAGCUCUGUUCAGCUGUGAAGUCAAUCACCCUGCCCUUUCAAUGCCAAUGAAGGCAGAGGUUACACUGUCUGCUCCAAAAGGACCGAAACUCUCAAUGACGCCAAGCAAAGCAAAAGUAGGAGAUACAGUCUGUAUCAAAUUGGACGGAUUUCAAAUGGGAUCCAAAACGGUAUACUCAUUUUACAAAGUUUCUAGAAUAUUAAAGUAG